AUGGAAGAGUUCAAGGGUGGUUUUGUUUCUUUCUUGGUUAUUGAAUUUGUUCUUUCAUUUAACAUUUUUCUCUUGGUUCAUGGUCAGCUAUUGCCUAUAGUCAGUGAUCAUGGUGAAAACACUAGCCAAAUCCAAACCUACAUUGUUCACGUACUGAAGCCAGAGGGCUCAAAUUUCUUAGGUGCCGAGGAUUUAGAGAAUUGGCAUAAGUCCUUUUUGCCCAACACUACUCUUGAUACAGGCGAGCCACGGUUGCGUUUCUCAUAUAAAGAAGCAAUCAGCGGGUUUGCAGCAAGAUUAACACCAGAAGAAGUGAGAGACAUGGAGAAGAUGGAUGGAUUUCUUCGUGCCAAUCCGAGCAGAACGCUUCACCUCCACACAACCUAUACUCAUGAAUUCCUAAACUUGAGCACUUUAUUUGGAGUUUGGUCCACAAGCAACUCAUUUUACGGUGAGGGGAUCAUCAUUGAGUGUUGGAUACAGGCAUUCACAUGCCCCCAUCCUUCUUUUGAUGACACAGGAAUGCCUCCCCGCCCAGCAGGAUGGAAUGUAGUUGUUACCUUCAAACACCUUGCAAUGAUAAAAGUCAUUGCAGCACAAUCUUUCGAUAUAGCUAAUAGCACCACUCCGCCAAGUGACAUAGAUCAAGGUCACGGCACACAUGUGGCCGGCAUUGCAGCAGGCAACUUUGUGGAUAAUGCGGAGGUCCUCGACCAAGCUCUUGGAAGAGCAGCAGGUAUGGCGCCAAAAGCCUUUAUAUCAGUGUACAAGGUGUGUUGGAAAUUUGGAGGUUGCGGAACAGAUGGUGUUUUAGCAGGUAUAGAUAAAGCAAUUCAAGAUGGGGUGCACAUCCUCCAAAUGUCCUUUGGGGCACGACGUGGUUACUUGCCUACUUCAUUUACUGAUGAUGAUGUUGCUGUUGGCACGUUCUCAGCAAUGCAGAAGGGGAUCUUCCCCUGCACAGCUGCUGGUAACAAUGGCCCAGACCCAGAGACAUUGAGUCAUGCUGCACCGUGGGAUAUGGUUGUCGGAGCAACAACUACAGAUCGAAGAAUAAGAGCAACUGUGACACUUGGCAAUGGGACACAAUUGCACGGAGAAAGCGCCUACCAACCCAACUUGGUUACUAAUCAAUUUUAUCCCCUUGUUUUUCCAGGUAGCAAUGGACGAAAUAGGCAACUAUAUUGCUUAAGAAAUUCAUUAAAUGGCAUUGAUGUUAGAGAUAAGAUUGUGAUGUGUGAUGUUGGAGCUAAAGAUAACAUAGUAACAGGUAAAGUCGUUAGGAAUGCUGGUGGUGCCGGUAUUAUCCUUAUGAAUUUUGACAUAGUGGGGUACACAACAUUUUCAGAAGCUCACCAUCUUCCGGUAUCGCAUGUGAGCUACAAAGAUGCCCUUCAACUUAAAGAUUAUAUUAUUUCAAACUCUACACCUACAGCUAAGAUCACCUUCGGUGGCACUAUAUUUGAUAUUCGUCCAUCUCCAGCAUUGGCCUUCUUCUCAUCUAGAGGCCCGGUCAAAUAUAAUGGAAACAUUGUAAAAGCCAGAUGUCACUGCACCUGGAGUGAAUAUUCUAUCUGCAUGGCCAGUAGAAGUUGGGCCCUUUCCAUCCGGCCUAAAAAAACAAAGACAUUCAACUUUGUGAGUGGCACAUCCAUGGCAACACCUCAUGUUUCCGGAAUUGUGGCUCUUAUCAUGAGCAAGUUAAAGUACGAAAAACAAGCGUCAGUGGUCAGUGCCAGAGAUUCAAUCAGCACUCAUCACCACAACCAACACAUUGGACUUAGAUGGAAGACCAAUCUUCGAUCAAGCAACUUUUAA